AUGGACCAGGUGAACCAGCUGCGGCUCGACGUCGAGGAGAUCUAUUACAACUCGCCAGCAGGGGUCCUGUACCAGCAGGCCCUCGCGCACGAGAAGGGCAGCUGCAUAGUGUCCUCGGGGGCGCUGGCGGUACGCAGCGGGGAGAAGACAGGCCGCUCCCCGAUGGACAAGCGCGUGGUCGAGGAGGAGGGGUCCAAGAACGACGUCUGGUGGGGCAAGGUCAACAUCAAGCUCUCCAAGGAGUCCUUCUUGACCAAUCGGGAGCGAGCCGUGGACUAUCUGAACACCCGGGAGCGCCUCUACAUCAUCGACGGCUUCGGGGGGUGGGACAAGGAGUAUCGCGUGCCCGUGCGGGUCAUCACGACCCGCGCGUACCAUGCUCUCUUCAUGCAGAACAUGUUGGUACCGCCCACCCAGGAGGAGCUCUCGCACUUCGAGGACCCGUUCGUGAUCUUCAACGCGGGCGUGUUCCCCGCCAACAGGCGCACCGAAGGCAUGACGUCGUCCACCUCCGUCUCCGUGUCCUUUGAGCGGAAGGAGAUGGUAAUCCUGGGGACCCAGUACGCGGGCGAGAUGAAGAAGGGCGUGUUCACCGUGAUGAAUUACUUGAUGCCGCUGAUGCCCAAGCGCGAGCUGCCCCCCGCGGAGCGCGCGCUCCCGCUGCACGCGUCGGCGAACAUCGGCGUCAAUAACGACGUGUCCAUCUUCUUCGGGCUGAGCGGCACAGGGAAGACGACGCUGAGCGCGGACCCCAAGAGGGACCUAAUCGGGGACGACGAGCACGUGUGGACUUCCAAGGGCGUGUUCAACAUCGAGGGCGGCUGCUACGCGAAGACGAUCGACCUGUCCGCGGAGAAGGAGCCAGAGGUCUACGCCGCGAUCCGGUUUGGUUCUGUGCUGGAGAACGUUGUCUGGGACGAGGCAACUGGCCACGUGGACUACAGCGACGUAUCUCUGACCGAGAACACUCGGGUGUCUUACCCGCUCCAGUUCAUGCCAAACGCCCGAAUCCCAGCGACCGUACACCAUCAGCCUAAGCAGAUCAUAUUCCUUACUUGCGACGCGUUCGGCGUGCUUCCGCCGAUCUCCAAGCUGACGCCCGAGCAGGUGAUGUACCACUUCAUCGCUGGGUAUACCGCCAAGGUGGCGGGCACGGAGAUGGGGAUCACGGAGCCGCAGGCCACCUUCUCCGCCUGCUUCGGCGCCCCUUUCCUUGUGUGGCACCCGUACGUGUACGCGCAGAUGUUGGCGGCAAAGCUGGAGAAGGUGGGCGCACCCGCGUACCUGGUGAACACCGGCUGGACCGGCGGGGCUUACGGCGCCGGCAGCCGCAUGAGCCUCAAGGACACCAGGCAGCUGAUCGACGCGAUCCACGACGGCUCUCUCGAGAACGUCCAGUGGGAGGAGAUGCCCAUCUUCGGGCUCCAGGUCCCGACCACUGGCAUCAAGGACGUGCCGGUCGAGACUCUGCAGCCGAAGAGGGCGUGGCUCAAGAACAACCAGAGCGCCGAGAAGUUUCAAGAGACUGCUGUGGGCUUGGCCAAGCUCUUCCAGGACAACUUCAAGGAGUAUGCGGACCUGUGCUCGAAGGCCGUCGUGGACGCAGGGCCCAAAGCCUGA